UCCUGCUGCUUAGAGAGGCUGCGUCACGGAAAUUUUAUACCAGGAGCCGGCUGUUGGUGGGGAGGUAGUGGGCAUGUACUGGCUUCUUGUACUGUGAAGGCGCCCUCACUGCCUAACCAAAGCCCAUGCCUCCACUAGUUCUCCUUCCCCAGGAUUCCCUGGUCCAAACUCUAGUACUCUUCUUUUUUUUCUUUAUUUAAAAAAAAUUAUUUAUUUUUGGCCGCGCUCCCAGGGCAUGCGGGAUCUUAAUUCCCCGACCAGGGAUCGAGCCCCUGCCCCCUACAGUGGAAGCUGGGAGUCCUAACCACUAGACCGCCAGGGGAUUCCCUAGUAUUUAUUUUCUUGAUAGAACAAAAAAGCCUGGAGCCUAGAAUCCUGGGUCUGAGAUGAAGGUGCGGAGUGACCUACUCAGCCCAGCAUAAUUCUCUUUUAUGGGAUUGAGUGAUAAGAGUAAUGAUCCAGAAAGGAAGAUAUGGAAAGAACAGCAUCAGUAAGAGUUGGUGUGGAAAAUGAAGACUCCCGACUCUAACCAAGGACUCAUCCAGAUAGGUCUCUGGGACUACAGUGACUCUCUGUAGCACAAGGCCUGCUGGGGCCUCUGGAAAUGCAUGGUGAGACUUCUGGUGCGAAUAAGCAACAGCUCUUCCAACUAGAAGUGUUCUCUCUCCCCGCUGGAGCAGGGCCGGCUACACAGGUGCCUGAGGAUGUUCCCUGCUGGUAUGGUGAUGCUUCCAGCUGUGAGUAGAGAUCCCUCUCAACUUUGAUGAGUUGAGAGGGCCCCUGUAGGCUUUCACGUUCCUGCUUAAAUACACAGGUGUUUCCCAGACUCCAGGGCAAUGAAAACCUUUCAAGGGCCGAGCAAGCCUGAUCUGAGUUUUGAGGGCAAAGGAAGUAGCCUAAAGAAAGGGCCUGAGAAUCUGGCGGGGAGGGCCCAGCCCUAUGAUCCUAACUUGGGGUGCUGGAGUUCAUCAAAUUGAAUAAGGUGGACUGCGGUUUCUUGGCCCUCAGCCCAGGCCAGCAGUGACGAGCCUUCACACCCUCACGGCCUUGCCUCUGGAAAUAACCCUAGAGGGAGGAUUUCCAGUCACCUCUUUGUGACUACCAUUUCAAAAACUCUUACUUUAUCUACCACCUGUGUACACACCCCAGGCGUGGCCAAUGUGUGCUGAUCCAGUGGCAAGAGGCCUCAGCCAGCCUCCUACAGGACAGGUGAUACGGCUGGAGAUUGGCACAUCCGUGUAUCCUUAAGAAACUCUGGACCCCUUUAGGCUCUGGGCUCACAUCUGCUUAACUGUUCCUGGCCUUAGUGGUCUCAUUUGUAAAAUGGGAACAAUAAACCCUGUCGUGCCUGCCUCAAAAUAGACUUAGAAGAUCAAGUGAGAAGGCACAUCUGAAAGUGCCAGAUAAGUAAGUUAAGUCUCAGGCUGCAGGUAAAAAGAGGAUGAUAAAAACGGCCUCUUUCCCUCAGAGUGCUCUAUCCCUUCUGGUCCUCAAGCCAGCUACUCUGCUCAGUAUCUUUCUCUGUAGAAGCCUCUAGCCUGAGCUCUAGAUCAGCCAGGGAGGAUUGGGUUGGGUUGUGGCUGCAGGGUGUUGAGAUGGAGGGAUGUUCAGUUAUAGCCCUUUGCCAAGAACCACCCCAGAGAAAUGACAGGAAGUCUUGGGUUUGGGUUGCUACUGUGGUUCGCAUCAACCAUUCAACAAAAUUUCAUUACCUGUGUGCCAUGCUGUGGGAACAGACAGAUGCCUGUCCCUAGGAGUUUGGAGUUUAUAUGCCUGUGUACAAGGUGGCCGUUGCCUCUGCUGCUUCCCUCAGCCUCAGUCCCCUCCACCCUGAAGUAUUUAGUCCACCAGGUGCCAGCACACUCCUGUCCAAUUUAGUUCCCCUGGUGAGGAGCUUUCAAGACCACCUCUGGGGGCUCUUCCGCUCUGGUCAGCUACUUGCUAGAAUUUUUAUUUAUCUGGGGAAAGUGGUCCUGCCCAUCGUCUAACUCGUCUUCCCCAGUCUAGAACCAUCUGCCACCACUACUGUCCUCACCUCCUUUUAUUAUUUAUUUAUUUAUUUAUUUAUUUAAGUGGGUAUGAUAGGCAGGUGUCAAGUUUGGAGGAACUGAAUGGUAAAGUGAUAGGGCCUGGACUUCCCUGGCGGUCCAGUGGUUAAGACUCCACACUUCCCCUGCAGGGAGCACGGGUUCAAUCCUUGGUCAGGGAACUAAGAUGCCACUUAUCCCACAGUGCGGCCAGAGAAAAAGUGAUAGGGCUUAUGGUGAGGAUGUCAGGGGAAGGAAGAACAUUGGGAGGAUUAGAGAGAGAGUCAAGAAGUGUAACGGGAGCUACCUAUUAGUAUCUGAAACAGAUGUAUGUCACUGUGCCAGUUAUUCAUUUAUUACCUCUUGGGAAAAAAUUCAUUCUUUUUGCCUGCUCUGUGAAAAUGGAUCUGGGCCCUUUAACUACUUUUUCUUUCCCAGCUGGCACAAUUAAUGUUUUGUCAGUAGAGAGUUGGGGAGACAUUGCAGGAAGGAAGGGCUUUGCUUCCUGGUUCCCAUGAGCCCUAUUGGCAGGCUCCUGAAGUACGUAAUGGCCAGCGGCACCCAAAUGCCAGCAGCUUCCCCUGGUACACCCCUUGGACAGUUUAAUGGUACAGUGCCUCUGGUGAGACACCUUCCCAUGAACAGUUUUCCCUGGCACCCUAGAGGGAAGAUUUCCAGCAUGUUCCACCAGAGUGACACUCCAGUGACUUCUGUGUUCUCCCCCCAAAAUUCUGGAUCUCAGCUCCAGGGAGGCCCAGGUAGAGGCUCUUUCUUAGGUGCAGUAUCUCCAGCUGAGGGGUAGUGGCUGCUCUUAUAGCUGCUAUUCCUGCAUUCUUUAGAAUUCUCUUUCCUUCUUACUAUCUAUAGCAGGCAGAAUUGUGUCCCUCAGAAUUGUGUCCCAGUUCCUGUGACUGUGACCUUAUUUGGAAAUAGAGUCUUUGCAGACAUAAUCAUUGAAAUCAUACUGUAUCUGGUUGGGCCUCAAUCCAAUUACUGGUGUCCUUGUAAGAAGAAGGAAGUUUGGACACAGACUCAUGGAAAGGAGAAGGCCAUGUGAAGACACACAAAGAGACAUGCAAGAAGAAUGCCAUGUGGUAACAGAGGCAGAGAUUAGAGUGAUGCAUGUACAAAUCUAAGGAAUGCCAGAGAUCACCAGCAAACCACCAGAAGCUAGGAAGAGGCACGGAAAGAUUCCCCCUAGGGUCUCAAAGGGAGUAUGGCCCUGCUGAUGCCUUGAUUUCAGGAUUCUAGUCUCCAGGACUACGAGAGAAUAGAUUUAUGUUGUCUUAAGGUUCCCAAUUUGUGGUAAUUUGUCACGGCAGCCCUAGGAAACUAAUACAUAAUCCAAUCCCUCAUUUCUCUAAUUCCCUUUUUUAGUUGAUCAUUCUUUUUUUAAAAAGUAUUUUUAAAUUUUAUUUAUUUGGCUGAAUCAGGUCCUAGUCAUGGCACACAGGAUCUUCGUUGCAGUGCGUGGGCUUUUCUCUAGUUGUGGUGCACGAGCUCCAGAGCGUAGAGGCUUGGUUGCUCCAGAGUGCGGGGGCUUAGUUGCCCCGUGGCAUGUGGGAUCCCAGUUCCCCAUCCAGAGGCUGAACCCAUGUCCCCUGCAUUGGGAGGGACCACUGGACCACCCGGAAAGUCCCGAUGAUUCUUUUUUUUUUUUGGCUGCACCGCAUGGCUUGCAGGAUCUCAGUUCCCUGACCAGGGAUUGAACCUGGGCCACAGCAGUGAAAGCCCAGAAUCCUAACCACUAAGCCACCCCAAUUAUUGGGAACUCCCAAUAAUUCUGUUUAAUAAACUUCUGCUUGUUGAAAUUGCUAUGUGGAUUCUCCCAAUUGCACCCACACUUAUACCAUCACCAACAAAAAUACUAGUGUUUUAGCACUAAAGAAAAUGGAAUAUACGAAUCUUGAAAGUUCCUACUGCAAUUACUAUGCAGAUAUUUCAGAGAGUAGGCCAUUUUUGAGAGAGGUUUAAAAUCUGCAUUGCAGACAUAUUCCUUAAAUGCAUUUUGAAUGCUCCUAUCGCACCUGAGAAAAAAAUAAUAAAUGAGAGCAGAUGGUGCCUGUGAGGACAGCUGGCUCAACUGAAAUGGAGAAAGUUGGACUAGACAGCUGCCAUGUUAUCUAAAGGCCAUUCCUGACAUCCUGUGGUUUCAGGUGGAGGCCAGCUCUAGACAACACUCAGAAAACAAGUCCAGGUAGAGGUUUCUAGAAAUGACUGUACCUGAUACUAUAGGCUGAGAAGGCAGAGGGGCAGUGGUAUCAGUGGCAAUGCUGAGGCAGGGAGGUCCACGACACACACAAAAUACAUUCACCUGGCUAUGACCUUUCCUCCAGAGAAAGAGGCCUAGACAUGGGAGGCAAGGGCCCUGGCUGGUCAAGAAGGCUCUAGGGCUUCCCUGGUGGCGCAAUGGUUAAGAAUCCGCCUGCCAAGGCAGGGGACAUGGGUUCGAGCCCUGGCCCGGGAGGAUCCCACAUGCUGCAGAGCAACGGGGCCCAUGCGCCACAACUGCUAAGCCUGCGCUCUAGAACCCACGAGCCACAACUACUGAAGCCUGUGCUCCUAGAGCCCGUGUUCCACAACAAGAGAAGCCACCGCAAUGAGAAGCCCGCGCACCACAACGAAGAGUAGCCCCCACUCGCCGCAACAAGAGAAAACCUGUGUGCAGCAAAGAAGACCCAACGCAGCCAAAAAUAAAUAAAUCAAUAAAAAAAGAAGGCUAUAAAUAUGGGAUGACAUGUCCAUUUAUUUGCUCAACACAUUUUCAAAACUCAAACCACAUGCCAGACACAAAAAAUACUGUGGUGAGCAAGAUAGUGAGAGUCCUUGUCCACAGACAGACAAGUAAACAGACCAGGGCCUAGUGAGAUAAAUGCUAAACUCAGCUUAUAUGCAGGUUCCCAAAAGUGCACAUAAGCACAGCUAGAGAAACCUCAGAGAAGGUGAUGAAUCAUCUAAGAACUGAGGGAAAGGGGGUCGGUGGGGAGACUGUGCAUGGGUCAUCCCAACUGUGCAAAGGACCAGAGGACAAAACUCAGGAGGCUGCAAAUAAUUGGGUGUCAGCCUCUCAGAACUAAUGCAUGCCUUUUAGAAUAAAUAUGUUGGGGCUUCCCUGAUGGCGCAGUGGUUAAGAAUCCGCUUGCCGAUGCUGGGGACAUGGGUUUGAGCCCUGGUCGAGGAAGAUCCCACAUGCUGCAGAGCAGCUGGGCCCAUUCGCCACAGCUACUGAGCCUGCGCUAUAGAGCCUGUGAGCCACAGCUACUGAGGCCGUGCGCCUACAGCCCGUGCUCCGCAGCAAGAGAAGCCACCGCCAUGAGAAGCCCGUGCGCCACAACGAAGAGUAGCCCCUGCUCACCGCAACUAAAGAAAGCCCAUGCGCAGCAACGAAGACCCAAUGCAGCCAAAAAUAAAUAAAAUAAAUUUUUAAAAAAAUAAAAAAAAAAUACAUUUUCCCAAGGUUCAGUCAUCCAACCUCUUUUCCUUGGUUCCAACUGUCAUUAUAUCCUCUAGGCCAGUGAUUCCCCACUUGGGGGGGUGACUCCCCACUACCCCACCGCUCAGGGGGUGUUUGGCAAUGUAUAGAGACAUUUUUUUGGUUGUCCAGCAUGGGGGUGGGGUUGGGGGGGAACGGAAGGUCCAGGGAGGGCUAUGUGUGCGCUACUGACAUCUAGUGGGUAGAGGCUAGGGAUGCUUCCACUAAACAUCCUACCAUGCACAGGACAGCGCCUCACAACAAAGAAUUCUCUGACUCAAAAUAUUAAUAGUGCUGCGAUUGAGAAAUCCUCCUCUAGGCCUGCACAUCUAAUUGGCUGCUAAACAUUUUCACAUGGUUGAUGAGCCGAGAGCUUAUUUUUUUCUAGAUAUUUUAGUUGACUAUUCAACUACACUUUACUCCUGUUGUUAGCAUAUGACCUAAAAUCCUGUUACUCGAGUCCUUCCUUCUCAUGGUUUUCCCAUGCCAGUCCCGAGUCUAUUGUGUACCUGUAGUUUAGGACAAAUCCAUGGGGGAAAAAAACAGGCAAAGUUUCUCUCCUCAAGGAGCUUACCUUCCAAAGCGGGAGAAUGGACAAUUUCUAAUCGACAUAGAUAAGGGAUCCUUCCUUAUCUAUGGAUAAUGGGUGGGCCCAGGGGUAUCAGCUGUCUUGCUCAAAACCAGCCAGCCCUGCUCAGUGAAAAAGUGUCCCUUGUCCUCUACCAUGCUCAGAAUGCCCCGUGGACAUGCGUGUAGGUGAAAACAGUUUUGUAAUUAUCUGAGUACAGAACCUAUAUUUAUUUUAUAUAGAAGCACAAACUUAUAAGUACAGUUUUAAUCCUGACUUUUCCAGAAAGGCCUGUAUAAAUGGAGGAAAGACUGUAUUUUGUUUUGUUUGGAACUUUGCCAAGAAUUAUUUGCCAUUUUGGAAAAUCAUUGCACAGAUGGCCACACUUGAAUUUGAAUCAGCAGCACAACCCAUCUGUGACAGCCUGAGUUUGUAGCUGCUGUGUUCAUAGAAAUCCUAUAUGUAGUGCAAGCAUAUUUCCAUAUGAUUGCUUCACUAAAUCCUUUGGCAAAGCCCUGCCCAAGCAUUUACAUAUUGAGAUAUACAUUACUUUUUUUUUUAAAGAAUAAUAUAAUACACGAAAGUGCACAAAUCUUAAUGAAUCUCAAUGUUCUUAUUCUUAAAUAGAGACCACAGUCCCUACCCUCACAUGGAGCGUUGAUCAAGGUUAGAUGAUUCUAAGAAGGUUGUUGUGCACCUGGGGCAAUGUAGAAAUUCCACAAAGGUGCUCAGCUCCCUACUGGCUUCUCUCAGGACAGGAACCCAGUUAAUUUUGCGGCCAGGACGCACUCUCCGAGGCCUUGUGGGUCAGCAGAACAGAAGGAGCUGAGGUGGAAUAGCCCAGAGGACGCUGACCAAUGCGGGCUCGCUACAUGGUAACCUCCGGAGACUCCUGAUCCUGUUCUUGCGAACCCGGCCUCCUGUCAGGCGUUACCUAGCAACAGCGUCCUAGAGUCUGGCCCAAGAGGCCAAUCAGCACGUACUUAGUUAUUUCAGUGAUGGGAACAGUCCAGUCACCGGGCUUUGUCAAAAGCCACCUCCUCAAGCUAAUCUCCGCAAGCACCAAUGAGGGGUUAGGAAUUUUAAGAGCUGGAGCUGAGUAUGCGGAGCUGGCUCUUAUUUGAUAAGACCACCUAGGGGGAGGGAAUGACCAGCUUCCGACUGCAUCUGAAUGAUGGUUGUGAAGGCAGGUCGCCGCCAUAUUCUCUUAGGGCGUUUUCCGGUACCAUUGUCCACUCUGAGUACCAGAGUGACCCAUGACGUUGUGAUUCCUCUGUUUGGGCCGCAGCUUGGCCCCACGCAAAGCCAAAUCCGGGCUGGCUCAGACACCGGGUCUAGCAGGGCAGUGUCUCCUUGGUCCGGAAAAGAGAGUAGCUCUUGGAUUGGGGCAUCUAGGACCUGGGGACUGGAAGAAUUCAAGCGCCGCCCUAGUCCCGUUCCCCAUCUGCAGCCCAGAGCCUGGAUCCGAGCCGAGGAGGCUGUGAGCUGUGUAACUUUGCCGCGCGGCGGAGUAUUUCUUCUUGGAGAAGUGGUGAAAUCCGAGGCGCAGAAGGCCCUUUACCGAAAGUGAUACUAGAACCCUAUGGCCACCUGAGGGCGCUCCGUGAGGCCCUUUAGUGGUCUCCCUUUGCCCAUUUUUGCUCACUCUUUAUUCAUCUAUUCACGAUGUACGUAAGCCAGUUCUUGGGCUAGAACUGCAGAUGCGGACUACUCGGGGCAAAAUGCCUGGAGCUGAGGGGAACAGAGGGGAUAGUGGGCUGAGGCUUGGGGAGGGACUGUCCUAGAGUGUCUCUUGAAAGCCUUCUUUUUUUUUUUUUUUACUAAUUUACUAUGACCAUCUUGCUGUGUCUAUGACUACAGCAUAGUUUUUUUUUAAAACGGCUUUAUUGAAAUGUUAUUCACAUACCAUGUAAUUCACCCAUUUAAAGUGUAAAAUUCAGUGUUCUUUAGUAUAUUUAGAGUUAUGAAACCAUCACCACAGUCAACUAAACACAUUGUCAUCACUCCAGAAAGAAACUCCCCAGCCAUCACUCCCCAUUCUCCUCUCCUCCAGCCCCUGGCAACCACUGAUCUACUUUAUCUCUCUGUAGAUUUGCCUUUUCUGGACAUUUCAUGUAAAUGGAAUCAUAAGACAUGUGGUCUUUUUUAAUCCGGCUUAUUUCACUUAGCAUGUUUUUAAAGUUUAUCCGUGUUAUAACAUGAAUCAUUAUUUAGAAUUUUUUAAAUAGAUUUUAGUUUUAGAGUAGUUUAGAGUUCACAGUAGAAUUGAGCUGAAUGUACAGAGUUCCCAUAUUCCUCUGCCCUCCCCCCAGCCUCCCCCACUAUCAACAACCCAUACCAGAGUGGCACAUUUGUUACUAUCUAUGAACCUACGUUGACUCAUCAUUAUCACUCAAAGUCCAUAGUUUACAUUAAGAUUCACAAAACUCUAACAGGAAACCUGAUGGCUUCUUCCAGAUUAACAGGAAUUACAUGGGACUGAAUGAACUGAUAAAUAUGAUUUAUAAUUUUAUGACUUUUUGUCUAAAAUAUUACUGGCUGGCUUUUAAUCUCUGUUUUCCAGAAAACCUUUCCUCUUAUGCUAUGACCUACAAAAAGUUGAUAAAGUAUACCUCUGUAUUGUAAAUGAAGAUGAAACAUUGCUCUUUUUCUCUCUGCCUGAUCCCUCCAGAAUUUGGCUUCUCUAGCUAGCUCCCCUCUGGACUUGAUGGCUUCUUGCGACCAGGUUACAACUAGUUAUACUAAUCAUUGAAAUUUGUUCUCUUUAUGUUGUUCUCAAAUUGCUUAUGCCUUGUGUCUCUCUCUGCUGUACUAUGACCUUAUUAAUGUUACUAGCUAUAUUACUUAUAUCCUGUCUAUUUUAUAAGAUUGUUACCUCUUGCAUUACCUAAUGUAUCAUCAGGCCUCCAACAAAAUUAAUGAUGGCUAACUGUCUUGAGGCAAUUGAUCAUAUACAUAACCCUAUGUAAAAUAAUUUUAACAGUGAGACUCUAGAUAUGGAGAAGCAACAAGGGAAAACAUUUCCUGGAUUAUAGGAAUAGACUAGUAAAACACACGAUCCAGAGAAUUUUAGGUUAUUAAUAGGGCCCAAUCCAAAAAUAAUACAUUGGGGGACUUCCCUGGUGGCACAGUGGUUAAGACUCCGUGUUCCCAAUGCAGGGAGCCUGGGUUCAACCCCUGGUCAGGGAACUAAGGUCCCACAUGCAUGCCGCAACAAAGAGUUCGCAUGCCACAACUAAGGAGCCGGUGAGCCGCAACUAAGGAGCACAUCUGCCCCAACUGGCACAACCAAAUAAAAAUUUAAAAAAUUUAAAAAAAAAAAACAGAAGCAGCACAUUGGGUGGCUGAUCAAUGAAAUCUUCCUCUGACCUAGGAAUGAGAAUUCCAUGACAAAUUGACCAUGAAAAUCCUCCCAAACCUUGGUCGAAUUUAUGACCAAGAGGGGGCCCUGUGCAGGAGCUCCCUGGUGGCCUAGUGGUUAGGAUUCCGGGCUUUCACUGCCAUGGCUUGGGUUCGAUCCUUGGUCAGGGAAAUGAGAUCACACAAGCCGCUGGGCGUGGCCAAAAAAAAAAAAAAAAAGACGGGGCCCUGUGGAAAGGGAACCUUGCCUGCCAUUUGGUAAACAACAAAUGCUGCCGGCCAUCAAGUUAUCAGUCACUGCAGCCACCAGGCCCCCCUACUCCCUACCAAGGUGUGCCUUGAGGGAAAUUCAAGAUGGAAAAAUACAGGAAACAUUCUGUGCCCUGGAUACUGGUUCGAUAGUUAAGUUGCAUAUCUAAAGAACAAUUUCAACAAGCCCAGACUCUUGCAUCUUCCCAUAUAUAGAAAAGCCCUAAAAUCACUAACUUGAAAUGUCUGUUUUUUUUGUGAUUAGCAAUAAUAUUUUGAUGUUCAAAUAUAUAUAUAUUUUUUUCCAGCAAAAACUGCUAUAUAUCCUGGCUCCUCCCUUACCUCUUUGGAGCAGUUCCUCAGAGCUGAGAGGAUAGUCCUCAGUAAGCUCCUGGAAUAAAACUCAACUCGGAACUUUUAGGUUGUACGUUUUCUUCAGUUGGACAAAAUCUUUGUUCUUCUCCUUACUAGCAAGUACCCUCUGAGAUUUUCCUCAUCAGUAGAACCAGGAUGAUAAUCAUCAUUUCACACAUGGUAGCAAAAAAUAAAUACGUUGAACGUGUAAUAUGUUGGGCAUGGUACCUGCGCACAGGAAACGCUAACGUUAAUUCCCUUCCCCAAAGGGCAAGGAGGGAGUUACCCACUAUCGCAAGAGAAGGCUCCUCUGAGAAAGCCAGGAAAGGAGACCCAGGGAUAUUCCAGCCCCGGGUUGGCCAGAGUGGCUCCGUCGCUCAAAUCCUUCCCUCCCUCGGCUAGGCUGCGCCUCCAAGAAACAGAGGACCAUUACUGAUCCCAGGCGGGGUCGCCCCUUCCCGCCUCCAGACUCCCGGGCAGUCACCCAACAUCGAGGGUCCAACUUUCUGCCCUUACGCUUCCGUUGGCUUCGUUCAAACAGGCCGCUUUUGGCAAUACCCAAUCAGAAUACUCGAUCUUAGGCCACCGCCCAAUGACUGCGUGGAAUAGGGGGGGAAAGGGCGUGAAGCCCAAUCGCAGCGCCAUCACACUUGAGGGCAAAGAGGUUAGGGAGCCGGCAUGGCGCUCCGGUCAAUAAAAUCGAUAGCUGGAAGCUGCCUGUGUUUCAGGCAAAGGCGGUGCAGUAGCGGGGCCGCCAUUUUCCCUGAAGGCAUCUUCCGGUGCCUUUCACCCAAGUUCGGGCAGGGGUUUCCUGAAUAACAGCGAAAGGUUUCCGUUAGCCCCGCCGGCGGCCGAUUCCUGUUCCCUCCUGGUCUCCCCAGGCACGCUCCGCCCGGAUCAGGCUUGGGCUCCCAAAUCCCGGGGCCCGCCAGCGCCCAGCGGCCAAGGCCGGGACAGCCGUGGCGCCGGCUUGUCGGGUCCAAUGGCGCGGCCUUCGGCUCCGCUCCCCGCGCGGGGACCAGGAGAGGCCGGACCCGGCCGGAGAAGGGGAAGGAGGCCGAGGGCGGUGAAGUUCGGGGACGUGGCCGUGUACUUCUCCCCGGAGGAGUGGGAGUGUCUGUGGCCCGCGCAGAGGGCCCUGUACCGGGACGUGAUGCAGGAGACUUACGGCCACCUGGGCGCGCUCGGGUGCGCAGGUCCCAAACCAACCCUCAUCUCCUGGUUGGAACGAAAUACCGAUGAUUGGGAACCGGCUGCUCUGGAUCCACAGGAGUGCCCAAGGAGGGUAACAGUCCAAAGAAAAACCAGAACCAGAAAGAAGAAUGAAGAGAAGGAAGUAUUCCCGCCUAAGGAGGCACCCCGAAAGGGGAAGCGAGGCCGCCGGCCCAGCAAACCCCGCCUGAUCCCCAGGCAAACAUCCGGAGGUCCCAUCUGCCCUGACUGUGGUUGUACCUUUCCCGAUCACCCGGCCCUGCAGAGCCACAAGUGUGCCCAGAAUCUGAAAAAGCCUUACCCUUGCCCAGACUGUGGGCGCCGCUUUUCCUACCCGUCCCUGCUGGUCAGUCACCGGCGGGCACACUCUGGGGAGUGUCCCUACGUUUGUGACCAGUGUGGCAAGCGGUUCUCCCAGCGCAAGAACCUCUCCCAGCACCAGGUUAUCCACACAGGCGAGAAGCCCUACCACUGUCCUGACUGUGGCCGCUGUUUCCGGAGGAGCAGGUCCUUGGCCAAUCACCGGACCACACACACGGGUGAAAAACCCCACCAGUGCCCCAGCUGCGGGCGUCGCUUCGCCUACCCCUCCCUGCUCGCCAUCCACCAGCGCACACACACCGGAGAGAAGCCCUACACCUGCCUGGAAUGCAGCCGGCGCUUCCGCCAGCGCACCGCCCUGGUCAUCCACCAGCGCAUCCACACGGGCGAGAAGCCCUACCCGUGCCCGGACUGCGAGCGGCGCUUCUCCUCCUCCUCUCGUCUGGUCAGUCACCGGCGGGUGCACUCCGGAGAGCGUCCCUACGCCUGCGAGCACUGCGAGGCCCGCUUCUCCCAGCGCAGCACGCUGCUCCAGCACCAGCUCUUGCACACGGGAGAGAAGCCCUAUCCCUGCCCGGACUGCGGACGUGCCUUCCGGCGGAGUGGUUCCCUCGCCAUACACCGCAGCACGCACACCGAGGAGAAACUGCACGCGUGUGACGACUGUGGCCGCCGCUUCGCCUACCCCUCACUGCUGGCCAGUCACCGGCGCGUCCACUCGGGCGAGCGGCCCUAUGCCUGCGACCUGUGCUCCAAGCGGUUCGCCCAGUGGAGCCACCUGGCUCAACACCAGCUCCUGCACACCGGGGAGAAGCCCUUCCCCUGCCUCGAGUGUGGCCGUUGCUUCCGCCAGAGGUGGUCUCUGGCCGUCCACAAGUGUAGCCCUGGGGUCCAGAACUGUAGCCCUAGAUCUGCUAUAGGGGUGCCUAGCCAGAAAGGCAACCGACCGGCGCUGUCCAAUCAACGCACGCUAUCUCUCUACGGUUACGCCGUGGAGUCCAACCUCCCUUCCGAUUUGCCCCUUGGCAUGGAAGGGCAGAUAAGAAAGUGGGGGUGGCUGCGACCCGCGCAGAAGGCCCUGAACCGGGACGUGACGCGGGAGACCUAUGGCUUCCUGGGCGCGCUCGGUGAGGUCCGGCGGCCCAGCCAGGACCCAGGGCCAGAGACCGGCUUGCGGAUCCCGCUGCCGGGACGCGCAGAAGGAGACCAUCGAGUUCAAAGUCCCGAGCUCCACAAACGCCGAGAUCGUUGCUGGGUUCCAGAUCCCGCCUACAGAGACUUCCGCGUGAAAACGCCCCGCCAGUCCCGCGUCGCGGCACAGCCGCUUCCUGCUGUCGCGGCCAAUCACCGGCGUGCAACGCGGCCAGCGGGAGUGCUGGAAGCCGCGGGCACGUCCAUCUUUCUUGAUGGCAGGAAAGCUCCCCUCAGCUCCCACCCGUUAAAACUCACCUGCACGGCCAUUGUAUUUAAGGUCAACUGGGCAAUGAAAAGCCAGACCAGCGCCAUGUUUGAUACGGGUGUUUAUUUGUCCCCAUCAGAAUCCCGAAUCCCAAACAGCCAACCCUGCUACUUCGGUUCCCUUCGGCUGAGUUCGGAGGCCAAGACUGGGCGGGGCCCCGGGCUCGGGAGCCCUUCCUGUGGACGACGAGAGCUGAGGCCAGGCGCGGGGAGCAGGCGGCCGCUGCUCUGGGCUGGAGGCCACAUGGCGCCGCCCCCGGCCCCGCUCCUGGUGCUGAGACCGGGGGAGACCGGGCCUAGUUGCAAGAAGCCUGCGGCCAUGAGCUUCGCGGAUGUGGCCGUGUACUUCUCCCCGGAGGAGUGGGGGUGUCUGCGGCCCGCGCAGAGGGCCCUGUACCGGGACGUGAUGCGGGAGACCUACGGCCACCUGGACGCGCUCGGAUUCCCAGGCCCCAAACCAGCCCUCAUCUCUUGGAUGGAACAGGAGAGUGAGGCUUGGAGCCCCGCCGCCCAGGAUCCUGAGGAGGGGGAAAGCCUGGGAGGAGCUCUGAGAGGAGAUGCCCCAAACAAAAAGGAAGAGGAACCCAAGACAGGGCCAGGAGCCAAAGGAUCCGAAAAGACUCCUAGGAAGGAGAGGCCUGAAGAGCUGGUUAAAAACAACCUUGACUCAACCAUUAGCAAAACCUCGGCAAGAGCAGAGCCACCCAGCAAAGCUGCCUGUGACCAGAGUGCAGGUGCGCAGCCCCCGGCCCUGGUGCCCAGUGUAGAUGCUCAGACCAGCCAGCGGCGCCACGUGUGUGCAGACUGCGGCCGCCGCUUCACCUAUCCCUCGCUGCUGGUCAGCCACCGGCGCAUGCAUUCGGGUGAGCGGCCCUUCCCCUGCCCCGAGUGUGGCAUGCGCUUCAAGAGGAAGUUUGCCGUGGAAGCGCACCAGUGGAUCCACCGCUCCUGCUCUGGGGGCCGGCGGGGCCGGAGGCCCGGAAUCCGGGCUGUGCCUCGGGCCCCAGUCCGAGGUGACCGGGACCCGCCGGUGUUGUUCCGGCACUACCCGGACAUCUUUAAAGAGUGCGGGUGAGCGGCUCCCCCUGGCUGGGCUUGAGCCUGACCUCAGCGCUAAGGACUAACUGGGCCCUGAGGGAGGCUCCUGAGUCAGGAAUUUGGGACCCAAAAUUCAUCCCUUGGUUUUCCCUCAAGGAUCCCUCUAGUUUCCAAACCUGUAAAAAUAAAAGUGCCUGUAAAGAUUCAGAGAUUAAACUUGA